AUGCUGCUCGUCACGUCUUCUACGAAUGGUUACGAUGGUAGCAUGAUGAAUGGACUUCAGUCCUUAACGCAAUGGAAUGAAGCUUUCGAUUAUCCUACUGGAUCAAAGCUUGGACUUCUUAAUGCUAUACAGAACAUUGGAUGUCUCGCUGCUUAUCCCUUUUCGCCCUACCUCGUUGAUGGACUCGGCCGUCGGGCUGGAGUUCUGUUCGGUGCUUCCCUCAUGAUAGCUGCUACUGUGAUCCAGACCGCGUCGCACUCAGUUGGAAUGUUCAUCGGUGCCCGCUUCUUGAUCGGAUUUGGCCUCACAUUCGCUGCCUCUGCAGCACCCCUCCUUGUCACCGAGGUCGCAUUCCCUUCGCAACGUGCCCAAGCAACUUCGAUGUACAACACCCUUUGGUACCUUGGAAGUAUCAUCGCCGCCUGGACGACAUUCGGUACCUUCAACGUCCCAUCGAGCUGGGCCUGGCGUAUCCCAUCCGCUUUGCAGGGUCUUCCGUCGGUGCUUCAGGUAAUCUUCAUAUGGUUCAUCCCCGAGUCGCCUCGUUGGCUUGUCAGCAAGGGAAGGGAAGCACAAGCACUUAAGACACUGGCCUACUACCAUGCUAGUGGCAACGAGGAAGACCCUCUUGUGGAAUAUGAAUUCGAAGAAAUCAAAACUGCGAUCGCUUUGGACCGUGAGGCGGCGCAGAACGUCGGCUGGCUCAGCCUCGUGAAGACUGCUGGUAAUAGGAAGCGCAUGAGAAUCAUCCUUGCUCUUGCGUUCUUCUCGCAGUGGUCUGGAAACGGAUUAGUCUCGUAUUAUCUCAACAAGGUCUUCAUCGCUAUCGGCAUCGAAGACCCAACUACCCAACUCCUUAUUAACGGCAUUUUGAAUAUCUUCAAUUUCUUCGUCGCAAUUAUCGCUGGUAUGCUCUGCGACAAGGUUGGACGCCGGCGGCUGUUCAUGACAUCCACGAUCGGAAUGGUUGUAUUCUGGACCUUGCAGACGAUCUGCUUCGCUCUAUACGCAGAACACGGCGUAGCGAAAGCUGGACAUGCAGUCAUUGCUAUGAUAUUCUUGUUCUAUGGCUUCUAUGAUGUACGUCACCCUCUGGCCUUCACACCUCUUAUUGUCUCGUAUACUGUCGAGAUUUUGCCUUAUUCCCUUCGCGCGAAAGGGUUCAUGAUCUUCAACUUCUCGAUUUCGAUCUCCUUGAUUUUCAAUCAGUAUGUGAACCCCAUUGCUCUCGAAGCCCUCGGAUGGAAAUACUAUGUAAUGUCCCCUCACUACUCUCAACUAUCCUAUCAGUACCUUACUCUUGCGCAGCUUGUGUAUGUCUUCUGGCUUACGUUUGAAGCGGUUUUCUGUUAUUUCUUCCUUAUUGAAACGAAGAACCUGACUUUGGAAGAAACUGCAGCAUUAUUUGACGGCGAUGCCACGGUAGCACAAAUUGCCGAGAAAGCAGCCGAACAAGCAGGCGUUUCCGACCAGCGUGAAGACGAAGAAAAACGCUCGACGCAGGAUGUAGUACUCGGAUUUACUUGUAACAGCUUACCGUGCGCUCGCGCUCGAUCGCUACAUGCUGCCUGUGGACCAGAUGCCUCGCCAGUGAUCGCAGCCGAUGCCGCUACCUACGGAUGCAAUGGGCACCCGGAUUAUGCUUGGAAUUCCGCAGAUAACGAAGGACACAUCGGGAUGGAUGAAUACAGAGGGUCAAUUCGGCAGUGGGUGCGGAGAGCUGAGGAAGGUCAAUGGGGCCCAAUGCAAAUCAUGGCACCGAUCCUUGCUGGUCUUGGUGUCGCGCUGUGCUUUGCAGGCAUCUACUUAUACUGGUAUAGGAAGAACGCGCUCAAGGAGCAUCGAGUGGUUCUACCGAGCGGUGUGCGCGGUACGCGGAGGUUCUUCGGCCUGUUUCCCAGCAUCUCGUAUGUUCGCGAAUCCAACCGCAGCAAUACAUGGACGAUCGAGCCACGGGACGACCUGGAGAAUAGCUCACAUGGCCAUGGCCAUACUCGGCUGCCGUCUUCCCCCAGCAAUGAAGCAGUUGUUACCCAAAAGCCGCGAUCAAGGUUCCUCGAAGCUCUGAAGGCGGCGAUUCCUACUCCGUGGAAGCGCAAGCCUGUUACAGUUCAGUCUAUACCAGCUAGGAAGGGAUUUCGGAUCGAUGACAUCGAUAGAAGGACAUCCACGACACCUUCGCGCCCUUCCAUAGCUAUGACGCUUGAUGAUGAACAUGCACCCGGAGAACACCCGUGGAAGUAUCUUCCUCAACCCCAAGCUUCGAGUAACGGAAGCCGAUCGGGCACGGAAAACCUCUUUCCCGGCGACGACCCUGGUAAUGACAGUGACGAUGAUGGUGAAAACACAGAACAUGAAGAAGAACAUACUUCUUUAUUGUCCGCCUCUUCUAGAAUGGGCCAUAACAUCAUGCUUAUCUCUCGUAAUGGAGAAGACUUUACGCUGGAAUCAGGGGACUCGCAGCGGGGCUCCCGCCAGCAUCAUGGACCUUCUCUGAACAUAGUCCCUCCUUCCCCUGCCAUGGCGCGUCCAGACCCUUCGAAACAGCCACUGAAUGUGAGAUUCGAUGUAUCACUAUGA